AUGUGGUGGCCUGUUUAUGUUGAAGGUGAAGGUCUGUUCUGCUUGUUGUGCAAAAAACAUGACACGUCUUAUCCUCAAAACAAGUUGAAAGUUUUUAACAAGAAGCCCUGUAAACGAUUUCGCCUAGGAGAGUUUGAAGAUCACUGCCGUACUUCACAACAUAUGAACGCAGUUGCAGCGGAGAUGCUACGGAGAGUUUCCGUGUUUCAAAGAACCCCUGACGAACGUGAAAUAGUCACAGAAGAUGUGCUGUUGAAGGUGUUCACAGCUGCGUAUUGGAUCGUCAAAAAGAGCUACCUAACCACAAGAUCAAGUUAUAUGUAA